UGUCAAGUUCCGGGGUCGGUGGAAGAGGUAGUGUGAAGUGGGAAAAGUCAAUAUUUCUUUAUUAUUGCGUUUACCAAAAGAAUAAACAGAGGCGUACAGUUUCAUUAGGACAAGAAAAGUUUCGACCCCAGCCCUAAACGGACGUCUGAAACAAUGAACUUCUUCAGAGGAGUGAUGGGUGGGCAACCAGCGGGGCCACAGCCCUCUGGGGCUGAAACGAUCCAGAAAUUAUGUGACCGUGUAGCUUCCUCUACACUCCUAGAGGACCGCAGGGAUGCUGUCCGUGCUCUGAAGUCCCUCUCUAAGAAAUAUCGCAUGGAAGUUGGCACCCAGGCAAUGGAUCAUUUGGUUCACAUCCUCCAGACCGACAGGUCUGACUCAGAAAUCCUAGGCUAUGCUUUGGACACACUGUACAAUAUCAUCUGCAAUGAUGAUGAGGAAGAACAAGACGCUGUUACACCUGUCCCUCUCUCAUUGAAGCAUAAGAAUGUGUCCAUGCCUGAUGAGAAUGCCCAGAAGCAAGCAGAUGACCUUGGAGUCCAGUUCACAGAUAAAUUCAUCCAGGAUUCUGAGAACGUGACUCUGCUGCUUAGUUUAUUAGAGGAGUUUGACUUCCAUGUGCGCUGGCCUGGUGUAAAGUUGUUGACUGCACUUCUGAAGAACCAGUGUGCACAGGUCCAGGGGGUCAUACUGGUCAGCCCUAUGGGUGUCUCAAGACUGAUGGACCUAUUAGCAGAUUCGAGAGAGGUCAUCCGCAAUGAUGGCUUGCUGUUGCUUCAGCAGCUAACCAAAGGCAAUGGUGCCAUUCAAAAGAUUGUAGCAUUUGAAAAUGCUUUUGAGCGUCUUCUCGACAUCAUUACAGAGGAGGGAAGCAGUGAUGGAGGGAUUGUGGUGGAGGAUUGUCUACUGCUUCUGCUGAACCUUCUGAAGAACAACAGCUCCAACCAGAAUUUCUUCAAGGAGGGCUCCUACAUUCAGAGGAUGAAGCCCUGGUUUGAGGUUGGUGACGAUAACUCUGGCUGGUCUGCGCAGAAGGUCACCAAUCUCCACCUCAUGCUGCAGUUGGUGCGAGUCAUGGUGUCUCCAGUGAACUCCCCAGGGGCCACUGCCAGCUGUCAGAAGUCUAUGUACCAGUGUGGUCUGCUGCAACAGUUAUGUACCAUCCUCAUGGCCACUGGUGUACCUGCUGAUAUCCUCACUGAGACCAUCAACACUGUAUCAGAGGUUAUUCGUGGUUCACAGAUCAACCAAGACUAUUUUGCCUCUGUCAAUGCCCCUUCAAACCCCCCACGACCAGCGAUCGUGGUACUGCUAAUGUCCAUGGUCAAUGAGAGACAGCCAUUUGUGCUGCGCUGUGCUGUUCUCUACUGUUUCCAGUGUUUCCUCUACAAGAAUCAGAAAGGCCAGGGAGAGAUAGUGGCCACACUGUUGCCCUCCACCAUAGACGCCAAUACCAUCUCUGCGGGCCAACUGCUGUGUGGGGGCCUGUUCUCAGCUGACUCCCUGUCCAACUGGUGUGCUGCUGUGGCCUUGGCACAUGCCUUGCAAGACAACCUCACCCAGAAGGAGCAGCUGCUUAGGGUGCAGCUGGCCACUAGCCUGGGCAAGCCCCCUGUAUCCCUACUGCAACAGUGCACCAACAUCCUCUCCCAGGGUGAUAAGAUCAACCGACGGGGGAGUAAAGUACAGACCAGGGUGGGCCUCCUCAUGCUGCUAUGCACAUGGAUCAACAACUGUCCUAUUGCAGUCACACAUUUUCUACACAAUCAGGAGAAUGUCCCCUUUCUGACUGGUCAGAUCUCAGAGAACCUGGGAGAGGACGAGAGGCUGGUGCAGGGCUUGUGUGCACUGCUUCUGGGAAUCUGCAUCUAUUACAAUGACAACUCACUGGAGAACUACACCAAAGAGAAGCUAAAGCAGCUCAUUGAGAAGCGUAUUGGCAAGGAGAACUUUGUAGAAAAGCUGUGUUUUAUCACCAAGCAUGAGCUGUACUCUCGUGCUGCCCAAAAACCACAGCCCGUCUUCUCCUCCCCAGAGCAAAUGCUCUUUGAUCAUGAGUUCACCAAGCUGGUCAAGGAACUGGAGGGUGUGAUUACUAAGGCUGUACACAAGUCUAGUGAAGAGGAGAAGAAGGAGGAAGAGGUCAAGAAGACACUGGAACAGCACGACAGCAUCGUGACUCAGUACAAAGAGCUGAUCAGGGAGCAGGAUGCUCAGAUCCAGGAGCUUAAAGAGCAGGUAGCUUCCAUGUCCUCACAGAAUGAGCAGAUGCAAAACACAGUUACACAGCAGUUGGCCCAGAUCCAGCAGCAUAAAGACCAGUACAAUAUCCUCAAGGUGAAACUAGGCAAAGAUAACCAGAGUCAGACCAACAGCCAAGAGGACAGCUCCCAAGUCAACGGGCUUCAGACAGAGGAACUCACACAGCUCCGAGAGGAGGUGGAGGAGCUCCGCAAGCAACAGGCACUUCUCCAGACACAGCUCAGAGACAAAGACACACUCAUUAACACCCUGAAGUCAGAGGCAGCACAGACAGUAGAAGGCACAGCAGCUGCUUCAGAUGAGGCAGAACUGCUGAAGGAACUGGAGAUGCUGAGGAGUCAGGUCCAGUCCCAGUCGACAGAAAUCAACCAGCUACAGAAAGAGAGGCAAGAAUUGCUCAAAAGACCUGAGGCAGGGUCUUCAGAAACUGUCUCAAGCAGUGAGAGCUCAACAGACACAGCCAAGCAGGCAGAACUAGAAAACAGGCUUGCCGAACAGACAUCUGAGGUUGAGAGACUCAAGGAGGAGGUGAGGAACAUGUCAGAGGGCCGGGUAGGGCUAGAACAGCAACUGGCGGCAGCUACCAGCACAGUAGCCGUCUUACAGACUGAGAAAGACAAGCUGCAGACAGAGGUGCAGGAGUCUAAGAAGGAGCAAGAUGACCUGUUGAUGCUGCUGGCUGACCAGGACCAGAAAAUCCACAGCCUGAAGAAAAAGCUGAAAGACCUUGGAGAGAUGGUCGAUGAUGAAGAUGACCUCGAUACCAGAGACCAAACAGAUGACGAUGAUGAGGAAGAGGACGACGAAGACAAUUAAUAGAGAUGUUAAAGAGACAGGAUGAUAUGGAAAUAUAGCUGACAAAAGGCAAAAAGACAUUGCUGGAUCGAUGAAUUUCUAACACACUAAGUGGAGAAACAGAAGGAUAGGACUAAUGCCGAACAGUUUCUCUUGCCAGCUGCCAUGCUGUCUUCAUUCUUUUUCACCCCUCUGUUCCCGUUUCUACAUUUUAUUUGAGGAUGAGAUUGAUUCAUUGGAUUCAGUAUUUAAUAACAAUAGAACCACAUCCAUCUCUGCCACUUUUAGUACCAGCACAGGAGAUACUCUUGAAGUUAACCAGACGUUUGUUAACUGUAGUUGUGUCACAUAAUUAUAACCCUUUCAAUCUCAAAAGGCAUCUCCAUUUAAAGAGAGUGAAUUGCAGUGUUGCAAAUAAAACUGCAAACUGAUUUGAUAUUCUACCUUUGCUACCAUACCUGAACUGGAGGACCCAUUGAACCAGACAUCCCUAAUGGCUGUGCUGCCCUGCCCUACACAUGGCACACCUUGUUGCUCUCAUGCACACCUACAGUAAAGGGAUCACCUUCGUCACUGUGCUGUUACUUUCACAACUCCGUGUCCUCCGAAUUCGCAAAUACAUUGUUUUGCUUAAUACCUAUUAAGUUCAAAUUUCAUGUUGCAUUACAGAAUCUUGACACACAGUCGCCCCAUUUCACUCUCAUGUUGCAACGUACUGCUCUGCAAAAUGCUGCAAUAGUAACAGAGGAGAUGUAAAAACAAAAAAUAUUUUUGCAACUUUUUGUCCCAUACUACCGUUCAGCUUCCGUAUGAUUUUGUGUAACUUAUCAAUUUAUGGGCAACACAGAAAUGAAUAAAGAAUCUAUGA